GGCUCUGCGUUCUCCACGACUGUCUGUCUUCCUUCCGCUGCCAGCCCGCCUCGCAGUUUGCCCAGGACGGACUUCGGCUUUUUUUGCGAACGCACGGGCAUCCCGCCCUGGGACACCUCACAUGCACCUUCUAGACAAGCUCCUUUAGACUAGACGACCGCGACUUGCGCGGUUAUAUUUCGAGGACCACCACUGUCACGGCUCCACCUACUUACGCACAGACGGUCGCUACCCUUCCUUAACUCCUCUCUUUUCCCUUCCACUCUUACAAGCAUAUACUUGCUCGCAAUUCACCUCUCCUCAGGUCAUCGAGCGUUCACUAGACGACAGUGUCUCGAUACUGCAGACGUCAUGUCUUGGUAUUCAGCCCCUCGAAGACGCAAUAAGACAAGGCCGACCCUCGCAGCUCUUGCGUCCUACACAGCCCUCGCCGUCUUCCUCUCUGUAUUUCUAAUCCUUGGACUCUUCAACCGUGUAGAGCUACCCUACAAAAAGAAGCGUCCGCAAUAUAAUUUCCCGGAUUUUGAUAGGAUUAAUACAUUAACUCGUGUGCUCACCAGGGACCAUGUCGACCUUAGAGAUCUUCACGGUCGGAUAAUAUUCAUAGGAGACGUUCAUGGAAUGAAUGACUCGUUACAUCGGCUUUUAAAGCAGCUAGAUUAUGACCCAAGUCACGACACAAUCUUUUUCGCCGGCGACCUUCUGGCAAAGUCGUCGCAUUCCUCUUCUCUCUCAGUGCUAAGCUUCCUUACCGAGCACCACAUGCGCAACGGCGUGGAGAGAAUGUUCCCGGUGCGCGGAAACCACGACCAGAUGAUCGUCCAAUGGCGCGCGUGGCGGGCGUGGUUCGAAGGACUUACCCUUGACCCUCACGCAGCCUCGCAGACACCUCGCUUCCUCCCUUCCACGCGACUCAUCGCAUUUGACUGUCAUCUGUCAUCUUUCCUCAAGCAGUUCUUCACUCAGUCUGCUGCGGAUGCUAGUGACAGUGUUCCACCGGUUUCAACAGGACGCGAGUUCCUCCAGCUCCUCGAGGCCGAAUGGGCAAUUGCAAGAGCAGAGGACGGCGCAGACCCCGAGGAAUAUACAGAUGUUGCCCGAAAGCGGGCACAGGGUACUUGGAGAGCAGAGUGGUGGAAGCGUAUACCUUUGCCUGGCAAAGGCAGGGAGAAGCAGCAAUGGAGGAUGUUUGGAGAUCACUACUGGCUGGCCAGGGAUAUGACGCAGGAACAGGCAGAUUACCUGAUGUCGCUUCCCCUCGUCCUUCACGUGCCGCAUAUACAUUUUUUCGUCGUUCAUGCAGGUCUUCUACCCUCAGAUCCCCGUCUGCCUCCAACGGACCGUAAUCAACCUCUCGCUCACGCUCCUGCAUUUACCCGGCGAGUUUUCGGUGGCGCAGAUGAGGGCGACACAGUUCUUCUAUCAAGACUACAGGCCCAUCUACUUCCACAAGAAUCCGCCAAGAAUUCUUUUGCCGCGUUCAAGCCCUCACGCGAUUCUGACACUAGCGCCAUUGAAGACCUGCGCCGGCUGCAGGAGGCCGCAAUCCUCAGCGACAUCCCGCAGAACCGCGACCCCUGGGUCGUUCUCAACAUGCGCAGUGUCACGAAGAAGAAGCACAAAGUGACGCGCGAGGGAGACAAGGGCACGCCGUGGAGCAAACUCUGGAACGAGGAGAUGAACGCUUGCAAGGGCUAUGACGUCGAAGCGGCCACGCGUUCGGAGCCAAGGGGCUACGAGCUGCCAUGCCAUCCUGCGACAGUCGUAUACGGCCAUGCCGCGACACGGGGCUUGGAUAUCAAGCGUUGGAGCAUGGGACUCGACACUGGAUGCUUGUACGGGCGGAAGCUGACCGCGCUCGUCCUUAACAACUCGACCGACUCUGGCGUAGACGAUGUCUGGGAUAACGAAGACGACUGGGAUGAAGACGAAGACGAAGACGACGAUGAAGAGGACGAUGACGACGAAGAGGCCAUUCCGAGGCCAAGGCGAAAGCGAUUACAGUUUGGGGAUCCUGGCUCGAGGGUUAACGCUAAAAUUGUUAGCGUUAAAUGCCCAAACAUAGAUGAUGACGAUGACUAGUUCCAUUUUCUUACUGCCUUUCUUCACAGCAAUUGUCAUGUAUCUUUAUCAUCUGUAAGAUUUGUACCAUACCUUAACUGGCGCACCCUACGACCGUUGAACGUUGAACAGUAGAUAUUCGUAUUUAGCAUCUUUAGCACUUCUGGUAGCGUGAAUGUAUCCGCAAUGGCUACACCCAAGCCACACCACAUGUGCACUGUUUUUCUGACACUCUUGCAAAGACACAUCAUCCC